AUGGAUUUUAAGGAUAAAAACGAAAUUAGAUUAACAGAAGACUAAAUUGCAGAUUUUAGAGAAGCUUUUUCUUUAUUUGAUAAAGAAUCUAGUGGUUAUAUAAAAAUUUCUGAAUUAGGAUUAUUAGUAAGAUCACUUAACCACAAUCCAACAGAUGCAGAAAUAUAAGAAUAUAUAUAAGAAGUAGAUUCAGAAGGAAUAGGGAAAAUAGAUUUUCCUGAAUUUAUAGCUUUAAUGGCAAGAAAAAUGAAAGAUAUAGAUCAUGAAGAAGAGCUAAUGGAGGCUUUUAGAGUUUUUGAUAAAAAUAACACUGGCCUAAUAGAAUCUUAAGUUCUUAAGCAUUUAGUUAAAGGUUUAGGUGAGCCAUUAACUGAGGAAGAAACAGAAGUAAUGAUAAAGGAAGCUAAUCCAGAUGCAUCAGGAUAAAUAAGAUAUGCUGACUUCGUAAGACUUAUGACAACAUCAUAUAUAAAUUGA